AUGUAUACUUAAAUGUUAUUAUAGGUGGUCUUUUGCAGCGUCACCCAACUGACACUCCUUCUGCACCAGCUGCUUGCAAAGGAUUACCAUCAGCUCUUACAGUGUUAAAUCUUUUGAUAGGUAAUACGGUAUAGCUGAUCGGCAGCACUUCUUCGAAUGCAGUCGUGUUGUGGCUUUCAUGCUAGUUGACCAGCGACCACAAGACACGGCCCGAAAAGCCUAGCCAUCUAGCGUCUCCAAAUAUGAAGCCUGCUGCUGUCCUAAACGACCUCUCUUGCAGCUCAAGGCGUGCAGCAUGCCUCCUCCGAACGCAGCAAUGUCAUCCCGGUCGCCCUGGGCGCCUAGUCCGCGUUGGUCCAGCGCUCGGUAGCUCCAACCCUGCUGUGCAAAACUUAGCUUCAGCGGACGGCGUGCCAUCCACGCGACACGCGGACAAUGGCCAGCAGCAGCAAUCUACGCCUCAGAAGCUGCCCGCAGCUGCUGCUGCGUCCGGCGCUACUCCGGCCGCUCAGUCCGCAACGCCCGCAGCUUCCGCCGGAUCCUCGCCCGCCCCACCGUUGUCCGGCGCGUCCGCAGCACCUGUCUCCACAGGAGCGGCACCCUCACCACCAGCAGCAGCACCACCGCAACCCGCAGCCCCGCUCCCCUCUGCCGCCCCUCCAGGAAGCCCCUCCGCAAGGGCUGCUGAGUCAACCACAACCGCCCCCCCCACCCCGCCUGACCGCCGCAACCCUAGCCCUGGUCCCAGUCCCAGCCAUGCGCCCCCUAGCAGUAGCCCCAUACCUCCUGCUAACAGCAGCAGCAGUAACAGCGCCACCGCUCGAGAAGGCAGGGAGGCUGCCGGGCAGCAGCCGGCGACCUCCCUUUCUGCUGCCGCUCCUGCCUCAGGUCCUGUAAGCCCCGGUUCCACCAGAGGCAGCAGCAGUAGCACUAGCAGCACCGCUGCCGGUCCCUCCGCCACCCCUCCCGGGCCCAGUACAACAGCCUCUGCACCCGUUCCACGUGAGCCCCCUUCCACCUCCCAUGCUGCCGCCGCAAGCCCGGGUGCUAGUGCCAGCUCCCCCCCAGGAAGCCCCUCGCCGCCGCCUCCCUCUCCCCCACCUUUCGCCUCUGCCCCCCAGCCGCAAGCCCCCGCAGCCCCAGCACCCGUACCUGCCGCAGCACCGCAUCCCUCCUCCCCUGCCGCCGCUAGCCCAACCGGGUCAGGGAGCCAGGGACCAGGCCCGGUGCCGCCACACCAAGCGGGCCCGGCAACCACCUCCACUAGCUCCCCCGCAUCCUCCCCCGCCGCCUCCGCCUCCGCUGCGGCUGCUGCUCCCCGUGCGGCACCACCCCCCGCCGGCUCCCCUCCUGCGUCCCCUCCUGCCGUACACCACUCGCAGCCGCACCCAGCGGCAGCAGCAGGGACUACUCCUUCUUCGCCGUCACCGCCGCCCUCACCCUCCCAGAGCGGCGUAACGCCAGCUGCCGUACACAGCAGCGGUACCAGUAGCAGCGGCAGCAGCGGCAGUGGUAGUGGUGUGCCCUCCUCCUCCUCCGCCUCCUCGGGCCCACCGGGAGGGGCCCCUGCGGCGGCAGCCCCUGCAAGCGCUGCCGCUCCCCCUCCUCCUCCACACGCCUCCUCUCCCAACCCCGCCGCUGCUGCCGGCGCUGCUGCUCCCCCCUCAUCAUCAGCAUCACAUCCCCCUCCAUCCGCAGCCACCACUCCCCCACCACCCUCAUCCCCAACAUCAUCCCCACCACCAUCCUCAACCCCCUCCCCGGCCGCCAUCAACGCCUCCAGCUCCGGGUUCCAACUGCGCCCCAUGCACCUGGUCGUCUUCGCCGCCAUCUUCCUGGGCGGCGCGCUCUUCGCCGCCCUCACCCUUCAGUUCACCGCCGACCUGGAUUUCCCGGUGGCAGCCUCCACAGUGGCGAGGCGUGUGGCGCGGUCGGUGGCCUUCCGGCAGCUGUGUGUGAUUGCGGGGGCGAUCUGCCUGGUGCGGUUCGGGCUGAACAACGUGCUGAAGGCGCUUGCGAAGUUCUCGGCGAGUCCGGUGCAGUGGGAUAAGUCCAAGGUGUACUACAUUUUGAAGGAGGUGUACCAGCCGCUGGAGCUGCUGCUCUUCAUCGCCGCCAUCUGCACCAUCGCGGAUGCAUUCGUGCCGCAGCUCAUAGCGGUGCCCAGGUCCACUGUGUCCACGGUGGUUCGCUCCACGCUGUCCGUCAGCUUCAUCAUCGGGGCAGCCACCGUGGUGUUCAACCUCAAGUCGCGGUUCUGCAAGGAAAACGCAUGGCAGAGCGAGAUGAAUGGCGACGUGACGGCUCAGCGGCGGUGGGAGGCGUACGACAAGCUGGGCACCUUUGUCAUCUACACCAUAACCUUCGUGCUGGGCAUCCAGGCACUGGGGCUGGAGGUCACCUCCGUGCUAGCCAUCGGAGGUAUCGGAGGUCUUGCCAUCGGUCUGGCGGGCCGGGAGAUCUGCGAGAACAUCCUCAACGGCUUCCUCAUCAUGUCCACGAGUCCCUUCGAGGUGGGUGACGAGGUGCACUUCUUCCACUCCAGCAAGGUGGUGGAGGGCAUUGUGCUGGACAUCGGGUGGUACCGUACGACAAUCCGGUCGUACGAGCGCGAGGUGUACGUCAUACCCAACGCCGUGUUCUCCAAGAACAUCGUGCUCAACAUCACACGCAAGCACCGCGAGUGGCGCUUCUUCGAGAUGAUCUGCGUGCGGGUGCAGGACGUACACAAGGUGAACGCCAUCAUCCAGGACAUCCGCCGCAUCGUGCGCAACGACUCGCGCAUCAUCACCAAGCUGCACCGCCGCAUCUUCCUGGACAAACUCACACUGGACGACUGCCGCAUAUACGUCUCCUUCUACGUCGAGGCCGCCAACCGCGAGUCCUUCAUGUCCGCCAAGCAGGACCUGCUGCUGGCGUUCGUGGACUGCGUGGAGCGCAACGGGGCCAAGCUGGCGGUGCCCAGGAGCACGGUUUCCCUGGACCAGGACACCGUGGAGGCCCUCUCCCCGCUGCUGGGUGCCGCAGUGGCCAUGGCAGCGGCCAAGGUAUCCAUGGACGUGCAGCAAGCAGCCGGCAGCGCGGCGGCGGCAGCGGCGGCGGCGUCGCGAGCGCUGACGGACGGUCGUACGAUCACGGCGGAGGUGACGACGGUUCCCACGUCGUCGUCGCCGCUGGGAAGUACGGCGGCGGCGGCGGGCGGUACGACAGCCACGUCGGCGAGGGCCGUUGGCGGCAGCGGCGGCGGCGGUGGAGGAAGUACGGCAGGUGGGAAGAGCGGCGGCGGCGGAGGAGGAGGAGGGGCAGUGGAUGGCAACGGCGGCGGGACGGCAGGAGGCAGUGGCGGAGCAGCGACGGCGGGCGGCAAUGGAGCGGCGGGUGCAGGGAACCAAGGGUCUUCUACUAAAGAAAAUGGCCUUACGUGGGUGUUGUCGCGGCUCGCUCACAUGCUGUUUGAGGUGUGAGGUGUGAGGGCGGCUACGGAGCAUCUGUACGGCACUGCUUGGGCUGCUACGUGGCCAACGGUCAACGGGCUUCUUCACGAGUCAAGGCCUCGUACCUCUUCGGGCAUGGGGAUGCAUGCUCAUUUCCUGCGUGUGUCAGCAAACCGCGCGAUCCCUUCUUAACGGUAGUAAUUCUUUGCAACAAACACUGUGUUUAUAGCAAAUGCUCGGAAAGGGGGCUCAGAAUUAAGCGGCCAAAGGCGUGGGUUAAGGGGAAUAGCAAUAGCGUCUGUGGUUAUUACGCUUUAACGGUCGCAGAUGUGCAGGGUAAUGUAGCACGGAGGAACGAGGCCGGCUGUUGGACCCAUGGGUCGAUUCGCAGCAUGUGGUUGCGUCUAACCCAAAGAAUACCGACGUAAGAAUAAAACAAAUGGAGCAUUCAUGUGUGAUACUGAGAGCUAGGGUCAUGGGUCGAGGCUGCGGGCCUGAUGCCCAAAGUAACCAGUAGAGGAAACCCCGCAUACCUGCAUUUGAGGGUAUCCAUCAUGCUGCUCACGGUCUCACUGAGCACGAGUGCAGCAAAGGGAGCCGAGGGUCGCUCGCAAUCGGGGAGCAGAACAGUUGGCCCGCGGGGAACUGCCAGGCUGUGAGCUGACUAGGGCUUGGGCCGGAGAAGAGGCUUGGCGGGCCAACCGCGGGGCCGGUAUGCAUGGUGCGUGAGGGGAAGUGGCAAUGAUAUGGGCAACGGAGCAGCUAAGGGGUAAUUGGGCAGCAUUUAUGUAGAAGGGGAAGGGGUAUGUUCGUAUUUAUAGGGACAAGCUACCACUUGUAGAGGACAUUGAUAGCAGUCGGCGUGUUACCGUCGUGUCCCCAUCUGGGCUGUGGCGGACUUUCUGAAUGUGCAGGCGAGAUGGGGUCCUGUGGGUUGUGGAUAUUUGUGGGACCGACCCACGGUUCCCGAGGGCAUGUGGGUCCGGGCCGUUGUCAGCCGGUCAUCAGGGAGUUGGGUGUAGAAACAUGGCAGCUACUUAAUACGCAUGAGGUAUGAGGUGCGCGGACAGUUAUGCAGCGCCUAGGAUGGUAAGGCGGUGCGGUUGGAGGUCUCUUGCGGAGUUAAUCCUUGUCGGCGUUACUGUUUUCCAUGUAGCCUUGUGUGCAGCUGUUUCGCGUGAUGCUGUGGGUAACUUAACAAGCAUGUUUUGACGGAGCAGUGCAUGCAGCUGGAGUCUUUUAUGAUUGGGGCCGAUUUUGUCUCUAGACGCUGUGGCUUGCAUAGGUCCUUGAGUGCGGACGUCCUGUAGUGCUAGUGCUGCAGGGGGUGUCCUUAAGAGUUAGAUGUGCUAGGAGCGGUCGAGUCGUCUGCAUGCCUUACUUGAAAGGUAAUGGACAUCUGUCCUGAACUGUCCCGGCGACAACCGUCUGUGGUGUGUCAUGGCAUCUAAUGCUAUUGAGGAGAGGAACAUGUCGGCGGCAUUGUACGGCAUGCUGGAUUCAUCGUUCGUGGCAAUAGCCUGCUAGAUGCAGGUACCGUAUUCGUUGUUGACUACAAAUGUACCGCGGGACAUCUGAUAGCUGGAUGUAAACGAUAAAAAAGAC